AUGAAUAACUCAACAAACUCCUCUAACAAUGGCCUGGCUCUGACCAGUCCUUAUAAGACAUUUGAAGUGGUGUUUAUUGUCCUUGUGGCUGGAUCCCUCAGUUUGGUGACCAUCAUUGGGAACAUUCUGGUCAUGGUCUCCAUUAAAGUCAACCGCCACCUCCAGACCGUCAACAAUUACUUUUUGUUCAGCUUGGCCUGUGCUGACCUCAUCAUUGGUGUUUUCUCCAUGAACUUGUAUACCCUCUACACUGUGAUUGGCUACUGGCCUUUGGGACCUGUGGUAUGUGACCUUUGGCUAGCCCUGGACUAUGUGGUCAGCAAUGCAUCAGUGAUGAAUCUGCUCAUUAUCAGCUUUGACAGGUACUUCUGUGUCACAAAACCGCUCACCUACCCAGUCAAGCGGACCACGAAAAUGGCAGGUAUGAUGAUUGCGGCUGCCUGGGUCCUCUCCUUUAUCCUCUGGGCCCCGGCCAUUCUCUUCUGGCAGUUCAUCGUAGGGGUGAGGACUGUGGAGGAUGGGGAAUGCUACAUUCAGUUUUUCUCCAACGCUGCUGUCACCUUCGGUACUGCCAUUGCAGCCUUCUACCUGCCUGUGAUCAUCAUGACCGUGUUAUACUGGCACAUAUCCCGAGCCAGCAAGAGCAGGAUAAAGAAGGACAAGAAGGAGCCUGUGGCCAACCAAGACCCAGUUUCUCCCAGUCUGGUACAAGGCAGGAUAGUGAAGCCAAACAACAACAACAUGGCCGGCAGUGACGAUGGCCUGGAGCACAACAAAAUCCAGAAUGGCAAAGCCCCCAGGGAUGCGGUGACCGAAAACUGUGUCCAGGGAGAGGAGAAAGAGAGCUCCAAUGAUUCCACCUCAGUCAGUGCUGUCGCCUCCAACAUGAGAGAUGAUGAAGUCACCCAGGAUGAGAACACAGUGUCCACUUCCCUGGGCCAUUCCAAAGAUGAGAACUCUAAGCAAACGUGCAUCAAAAUUGUCACCAAGACCCAAAAAGGUGACUCGUGUACCCCAACUAAUACCACCGUGGAGGUCGUUGGUUCUGCAGGUCAGAACGGAGAUGAAAAACAGAAUAUUGUAGCUCGCAAGAUCGUGAAGAUGACUAAGCAGCCCGCCAAAAAGAAGCCUCCUCCCUCCCGGGAGAAGAAAGUGACCAGGACGAUCUUGGCUAUUCUGUUGGCUUUCAUCAUCACUUGGGCCCCAUACAAUGUCAUGGUGCUCAUUAACACCUUCUGUGCACCCUGCAUCCCCAACACAGUGUGGACAAUUGGUUAUUGGCUCUGUUACAUCAACAGCACGAUCAACCCCGCGUGCUAUGCACUUUGUAACGCCACCUUCAAGAAGACCUUUAAACAUCUUCUUAUGUGCCAUUAUAAGAACAUAGGCGCUACGAGGUAA